GAGUCGCCUGAUACUACCCUAGGUCCAAGUUACUAUAUGAACAUCCUGGCUCGGGUCGACUUUGCCUUCGUCCAGUUAAUCUUCGAUCAUCCCGGAUAUUAUUAACAUAACCAUGCGUUCCACAGUGAGCCGGUCGCUGUCCGAUGCAACCCGAACACGGAAAGGGUGCAUCUCCCUUCGCCGAUUUUCCUCAUCUGUUGGAAGACAGAAGCCGGUGCAAGCAGAGAAGGGGCGCGAGGGCGAACAAAAUCACACAUCUAUUAAUCUAACAAGGGGAGAUAAGAGUGCUAUCCUUCACUCAAAACUGGACACGAAGCCUCCAACAAUAGUAGGCAGCAAUGGAAACUACCUCAUUGCCGAGGGUGGACGGGAGAUCCUCGACGCCAGUGGUGGUGCUGCAGUGGCGUGUAUCGGUCACAACAACUCUCGUGUCAAUAAUGCUAUAAUGCGUCAGUUACAAAGCUUCAGCUAUAUUUACGCUCCAUUUUUUACGAGUAAGGCGUCGGAAAAGUUGGCCACGUUGUUAUCUGAAUCGACACAGAAUGAGCUAUCCAAAGCUUUCAUUGUCAGCUCUGGUACCGAAGCUAUCGAGGCUGCGUUGAAAAUGGCGCGUCAGUACUUCAUCGAACUGCCAAAUCCGGAACCUUCCAGAACGCGAUUUAUCGCCCGUCGGCAGAGCUAUCAUGGAAACACUCUUGGAUCUCUUUCGCUGGGAGGACAUGCUGGGCGUAGGGCACCUUAUGCGCCAAUACUAACUACCAAUGUUUCCCACGUGUCUCCAUGUUACGCAUACCGAGGAAAGAGUGUGGGAGAAACAGACGAAGAUUAUGUUACUCGACUGGCACAAGAAUUGGAGGAUGAAUUCCAGGCUGUAGGCCCGAGCAAUGUGUGCGCAUUUGUCGCAGAAACUGUGUCAGGAACAACACUGGGCUGCGUCCCUCCAGUUCCGGGAUAUCAUCAGGCGAUGAAGAAGGUCUGCGAUCGCCACGGAGCGCUGUUCAUCCUCGAUGAAGUAAUGAGCGGAAUGGGCCGUUAUGGCACACUCCACGCAUGGGAAGAAGAAGGCGUCGUGCCCGAUCUCCAGACAGUUGCAAAGGGUUUGGGAGGUGGCUACGCUCCGAUUGGGGCUCUGCUGGUCAAUAAGAGGGUCGUUGAGGCUCUGGACAAAGGGUCUGGCGGAUUCAUACACAGCCAGACAUAUCAGGGCCAUCCAGUAGCAUGUGCGGCGGCCUAUGAAGUUCAAAAGAUUAUCAAGGAAGAGAAUCUGCUUCAGAACGUCCGGAGUUUGGGCGAGUAUCUGGGCAAACGUCUGAAAGAACAGCUUGGGGACCACAAACAUGUAGGCGAUAUCCGUGGUCGUGGCUUUUUCUGGGGUAUCGAAUUUGUCAAGGACAAAGAGUCGAAAGAGCCUUUCACGGCUGAGCAGAAAAUUGCGCCUCUUAUCCACAAGACAGGGCUGUCAGAGUACUCGAUUUCAUUUAUCCCUGGUGCCGGAGUUGCUGAUGGAAAGAAUGGCGAUAUUAUCCAGAUUGCGCCGCCAUACAAUGCUACCAAGGCGGAUAUCGAUUUGAUCAUUGAACGGACAGCACUGGUAGUAAAACGGGUACUUGGGUGACUUCAAAUGCUUUCCAUGAGAUUUUCAAUUGUAGUGGCAGCACUCCAGAUACAAUCUAAGUAAUUGAUAUGUCCAAGGCCGUGUACUUAUUGUCGCCUAAAGAGGCAAGCAUUAAGUAAUCUGCAUACUAAGUCAA